AUGUUUUCCCCCCUCAGGUGCCCCGGCUUAAGGCCCCAAGUCGUACCUUUGUCGAUAAAACGAGCCUCUUCCACUGUAGAAUGUGAUUAUUACCGUUACACUGCUGGGCGCUGGCUGUUUAAUGAGACUCAGCAGCUCAAGGCUCGCUAUGUCCAAUUCAACAUCAACGCAUUAACAGCGGCCGCUGCAAAGUCAGUAGGACAAGAGGAACCUUCAUGCAUCAAAGUUGAGAAGCUACCUGAAGGUAAUUUUAACAAGAGCCUCCUCAUUACUAUGGCGAAUGGCUCUCAAGUCAUCGCAAGGGUUCCUAAUCCGAACGCCGGUGCUCCACACUAUACCACUGCCAGCGAGGUGGCUACAAUGGACUUUGCUAGAACUAAGCUUGGUAUCCCAGUCCCCAAAGUACUUUCCUGGAGCUCACACGCGUUGAACCCCGUAGGCGCAGAGUAUAUCAUCAUGGACAAAGCAUCAGGCUGCUCUCUUGCUCAAGUCUGGCCACGUUUGAAAAAUGAUGAGAAGAGAGAUAUUGUUCAAGUCAUUGUUAGCUUUGAUGUUAAAAUACGGAACAGCCCCCUUGGGGGGUUUGGUUCGUUGUAUUAUCCGAGAGAUAUACCAAGCGAGAUCAAGCAUCUUCCAGCUUUUAAGUCAAAAGAUUGUGGCCGCUGGGUUCUUGGACCCACUACAGAUCGACGCUUCUUUGAUGAUGGCAAAGGGGAGCUUUCCAUAGACCGAGGACCGUGGAGCACUACACAAGAAUAUAUAGUGGCAACCUGUCACCGAGAGAUGAAGGCUAUUCAAAGCAUGCCUCUUCAACCAGAAGGGAUUGUUGGCCCUAAUGGCUAUCAACCGAAUCGUGCGCUCAAGCUUUCUGUGUGCCGCGACUUUCUAAAAAUAGCAGAUUACAUCCUCCCGCCAGAAGCCUACCAGUUACCAGUCUUAUGGCAUAAAGACUUACAUCUGGACAAUAUCUUCGUAAAUCCUGAAAAGCCUACGGAUAUUGUUGGAUUAAUUGACUGGCAGAAUUCCCACAUCGCGCCUCUAUUUGAUCAGGCUACGCACCCUGCAUUUCUGGACUAUAAUGGCCCACGGCUUGAAGGUCUUACGGUGCCGUCGCUACCAGAGAACUUUGAAGAGCUCAACGGUGAUGCGAAGAAACGUGCGAAGGAACUACUUGUUGCACAGACACUCUACAAAUACUACGAUCUUUUCUCUGCUUCUAUGAACGUACCCGUCUACCAAGCCCUAAGAUACCAAGAAACUCUACAGGGGGAAAUUAUCUCCCUCGUUGGAAUGCUAUUAAACGAUGGAGAGCCUGCUGUUCAAGGUCUCCUGAUAAAGCUCGCCAGCCGAUGGAACCAACUUAGCAUCAAAGCCCCAUGCCCGUUGGAGUACUCCCCAGAAGCGAUUCAGCACCAUCAAGAAUUAGAGGAGAAGUGGGCGCAAGGAAUGGCACUAAUGGAUGAUGUACUAGAGUCACUAGGUGGAGCAAUUCGCGGAUGGGACGGUUGGGUAAGCCACGAAGAGUAUGAGCCACUCAAGAAGAAAUGCGCUCUUGUUAAACAGCAGUUCAUUGAGCAUUUUGCUGGAAAUGACAAAAAGACAGCCGAGGCAUGGGAAAUGGCCUGGCCAUUUCAAUGA